CGCAAACCUCACUCUUCCUUCAUUCUCGCAUUUUCUCAUUCUCUCAUAUUCUUUCAUUCCCAUUCCCAUUCACAUUUCAUAUUUCUAAAUUCGCCUUUUUCUUUUUUUUUGUUCACUUUUUGCUCCUUCCCACGUUCCGAAUAUGACUCUUACGGAUACAUUGAAUACGCCCACAUUGCAGUACCAACCUGCUGCUUCAGAAGACCAAACCAUAAACCCUGUCGAUGAUAGUGCAUUCGACUCACUCGUUCAAGCUUCCAAAAAUCUAUUGGAGGCCCUUGAGGUUUGGCUUGCUGCCAAUUGUACUCAGAAUCAAAGCCAAAGUCAAAACCAAAAUCAAAGCCCUUCAAAUCAAGACCAGGCUCCAGAAGACAGUAACGCACUAUUGACCAACAUUUCUAACCACCCAAGACGUGACCCAGCAACAGUUAAAGCCUUUGACGAUGCAUGGGCCAGCUACUACAAUUUUUUUCAAGCCUGGAAAGAAAGAGACGCUCAACGGUUACUCAGCACAUUGCUUGACCAUGCUCGGCAUAUCAACUUGCUUUGGCGUACUGUGCGGAAUGAUCCUUCUGCUAGGAUUGAAUGGGAACCUCGAAUUGAGGAACAGCGUAAAGAUCUUCGGGUUAAGGCCAGUCAACUCGCAGGGCCAGAAGGGGCUGCACAGCUCGAUGUUGUCUUUGCGGAUUAUAUGAAUGGUUCAGCCCACACUGUUACUCCUUCAUUAGCGCCACCGUCGCAAGCGGGGCUCGAUAAUAUAGUAAUACCGGCGGUGUCAGUUUCUCAUGAGAACACUUCUGAUUCAGUGCACCCUCGGACACAAACAACACCAUCUACUGCAAAGAAAAGGCAGAGAGCUAGUUCAGUCUCGAAACAAAAGAGUGCUGCCUCGGCAACGACCAGCAACGUCAGCAAGGAUUUACAGACAACUUACUCUGGCCAUUCUGCAGAUAUGGAUUCGAUAAUACAGCCUGAUGCCACUUCAGCCACCUCAUCGGGCUAUGAAGCACCCAAACCAAAGAAGCCUGCUACAACUAGUGCAGCAGCAGCAGCAGCAGCAGCUCUAGAAACUAUACCAACUGGAUUUGAGAAACCAACAAAGUGGACAAACCUUCAGUUGAUUCACGAGCUAGCUAUGGAUUCAGGCUUCAAGGUCGAGCCAAAUCGCCCGCUGGGAGCUAGAACUAUGCAUGAGUCGCCCUUGCUGCAAACAGCCGAUCAGGGUGGUGAUGAUCCUACUAAUGCCGCAACAGGUUUGCAAGGACUGGAGGACAGGAUUCGAGCUAUGGCGACCAAGGCUUACUUUGAUCAGAUUCGCGAUGAUGCAGCAAAAGGCCAAUUGGGCAAGUGGAUUCCUUCAUUGUUGACAACGAUUCGUGAGCAGCUAUUGGACAUGGUACCUCCAAACUCUGCCAUAGCAAUGCAAAUUACGGAGGGUUUUGACAUUGAGUUUGUACAGCAACAGAUUGAGAAGAAUGUCUAUGAUUUAACUGGCGCCUUGAACGGGGUUGUAGACAUUAUGAGCAAGCUGUGCGCCCCUGUUAGAGAUCAAGCCAUCAAGCGGAUACAGGAGAGCUUGAAUGAAAUUUCGCAGGACCCUAGUCAAUUGAGCGCCCCCGAUGUCACCACUGAAACCUCUGCAACAUCUAUUGCGCCCAAUGAUCUUGUGAGCGUCUUGCAGAGUAUCUUGGAGUUAUUAGAGCUCAUGCUGCUAGACAUGGCCAAUUUCCGGUUGACGGUUGCAAGACCAAAAUUGGAGAAACAAGCAAUUCCAUAUGAGCAAAGCGCGUUUAAAGAGUCAGUCGAUAAGGGUGAGGUUUCAUUAGAGUCAACACAAAAUUGGCUACAGGAUUCAGCGAAACGAUAUUUGCAACAGCAAGCCUCAGCCCCAACUUUGCCUGUUGCAACAGAGGGCGGUGCAUCUUCCUCAGCCAAUGAUGAUAUCCCUGGACCCGAGUCCUCAAGUAAUCCAGGCCGACGUAGGCACUACGAUAUUCUUGUUCAUUCUUUACUGGACCUAGUGUUUUCGAGCAAACGAUUUGAUGUUGGUAUAGACCGGGUGCAAUUUCCUGCGACUUUGGCUUUGGAUCGUGAGCGUAUGACACGAUUUCAGAAUGAAGUUCAGGGACUUGCGCUUGUUGCUGUCAUCAUGAAUAUUUCUACUAAUGUUUCGCCAAUGCUCAGUGACGAGUCUCAUGAGGAACUGAAGAAUACGUUGCUGAAACUCAUGGAAGCUCCUAACACAUCCUUGGAGACACUAGCAGAAGCUGUCAUUGAGGCAAAAGAACGAGAACUCUUAAUGAAUGCUCGACGAUCAGCAUCUAAAUCCUCCUCGCCGUCAUCGUCUGCACCAGGGUCAUCAUUAUCGUCUACUUCAUCCAUUAUCGAUUCUUCUUCAUUUCCAAAACUACUACUCUCAGAUGAACAAAGAAAUUGUAUCCAAAAUACGGUCGCUCGCGCCAUCUCGUUUGAUAGCACCCUAUUCCGUGUCCUCUCUCAGCGUCUCCGCAAGGUUCUGGAGGAUUUUACACUGUCAACCCCGAGCAGCGGAGGAAAAUCAGGGGCCAUGCCUAACGAAGCCGCCCUGAGUAAGGUAGGGCUAGGGCAUUUGAAGAAAGAGAUUGAGACCUUGGCACUGCAGUUCCGUUUCCUGACAAAAUAUAAUGCUCAGGUCUAUCGUCCGUGGUAUGAUCCUAUGUUGGCAAAAAUUAUCUCCAAUAUCAAAAAGAGUGGAAAGCAAUAAAAGAACAGUCGUUGACUCGUAGAAACCAAAAGUAUC